UGCUAGGAUGGGGAAGCCAAUGAUCGGCCCCUAUGCCGUAGGGGGCCUGACCAGUUUAUAUGGAGAACGCAUGCGCAACAUUAACUUGCUGUUGCCAGGCGCAGCAAAGCCAGCUGGAGUAGAGGAGACGUAGUUCAUUGAUGAAGACCAUCAUAAAGCGCUGACAGGAAUUUAUAUUGGAUAAUUAAUGUUAAGGAAGUGCUGAAACGCAGGACCCUCGGCAUGGCUGGAGAUGGGUGUGAAGUCUCUGACCUUGACCAGGAGAAAUAUGAUGCUGCUGAAAAUGUCAAAAUUAUCUGUCUUGGAGACAGUGCUGUGGGGAAAUCAAAGUUGAUGGAACGCUUUCUAAUGGAUGGAUUUCGUCCACAGCAGCUCUCUACAUUUGCUCUGACGCUUUAUAAGUAUUCCACAUGCAUUGAUGGAAACACUGUUCUUGUAGAUUUCUGGGACACCGCUGGACAAGAAAGAUUCCAUAGCAUGCAUGCUUCCUAUUACCACAAGGCCCAUGCCUGUAUAAUGGUAUUUGAUGUGCAACGCAAGAUCACAUACAAGAAUCUCAGCAAAUGGUAUCAAGAGCUAAGGGAAUACCGUCCAGAGAUCCCAUGCAUUGUUGUGGCCAAUAAGAUUGAUGCUGACCUCCGAGUGACACAGAAAGGUUUUAAUUUUGCCAAGAAACACAAUCUGCCGUUUUACUUUGUAUCAGCUGCUGAUGGUACCAAUGUGGUUAAGCUCUUCAGAGAUGCAAUAAAACUUGCUGUAUCCUACAAGCAGAAUUCUCAAGAUUUUUUGGAUGAAGUGAUGCGGGAACUUGAGAACUUUGAAAUAGAGAAACAAGAGGCAGAAGAUAUGUCUGAAAAAGAGGUUUUAUCAGAAGAUGGAGAGAAACCAAAGGCUGUUUGAAUACCAGUUACCUAGGGUACUCUUUUUACGACUAGCAGUCUUGGACUAGGUGCUACAACUAUAAAAUGCAUCUAAUAUUGGUAAAGGUAUGGCAGGCCACAGCUGCUAUUAUAUUGUUACAAGACAAGAAAAUGCAGUCAAGGACCAAAAGAGCAAUUUGGAUAAAUUAAAGGGGUGGUUCACCUUUAAGUUCAUUGUUAGUAUGUUUUAGAAUUGCCAAUUUUAAGCAACUUCUUAAUUGGUAUUGAUUAUUUUUCAUAGAUUUUUUUUUUUUUUAAAUUAUUUACCUUCUUCUGACUCUUUGAAGCUUUCAGAUGGGGGCCACUGACCCCCAUCUAAAAAAUAAAUGCUCCGUAAAGCUACAAAUGUAUUGCUACUUGUGAUUACUCGUCUUUCUAUUCAGUCCUCUCCUAUUCACAUUCCAGUAUCUUAUUCAAUUCAAUGCAGAUUUGCUAGGGUACGUUGGGCCUUAGCAACAAGAUUGCUGAAAUUGCAGACUGGAGAGCUGCUGAAUAAAAAGCGAAAUAACUCAAAAAUCACAAAUAAUAGAAAAUGAAAACCAAUUGCAAUUUGUCUGAGAAUAUCACUCUCUAUAUCAUACUACAAGUUAACUCAAAGGUGAACCAUCCCUUAAAUUUACUUUUAUGUGAAGGUCUAUAUAAUAUCUAUGGCUUGAUCUCUGGAACAUUUUAGUAGAUUUGACAGGCCUAAUUGAUUUGGGCACACACUCCCCAGUGAGUGAGAGUAGUUACUGAGAUAUAAUGAUGACUUUCAGUGAGCCUUCUCUGACAAGUGGUGUUCUAACUGUAUUGACACCAGUGAUCAGAUGUGACGUUGUUCUUUUCUCCAGGAAAUAGCAUUUGUAAAUUAUUAAAUUAUUUUUAGAUAUUUUGAAUUCUACUUUUCAUCUCUGACCACAGAAAAUAUUUCUUCUAAGUGAACUAAAGGACUAAGCUACCUUAUAUAUUGGUUAAAUACAUUUCCAUUGUGACACUUAUAUUGCACACUAUUUUUUGUUUUCUGAUUCAUGUUCUUUCAGUCAUUUUAUACAUCAAAUUUCUGGUUUCGUUGUCUGUUUUUGUUACCUACUUUAGGAGCAUCAAUAUCCGUUUAUUUGGCAUUUAUUGACUGAUUUUGACAAUUAUCUGUGUGCUGAGGUGGAGGGUAUUUUGUAGCUUGUGGCCAAUCGGAGCAUAGUUGACAUUUUAUAACUCAAAAGGUUUUAACUACCAAAGUGCAAUCUCAGACAUAACCCUUUUUUCUGUACUAUGCAGAGUUGUCUGUCAGUGUUACCUAUUGGCACACAUGGUUGGUCCAUGGCCAAAAGGAAGUGGCCAGGGCUGCAUAUCCCUUUUGCUUCACUUGUGGUCUGAUCUGAUAAGUUUGCAUAGAAACCAGUUUAGAAAACAAAACAUAGAAUAUGUAUAAAUAAGUAUAAAACAAAAUGUAAAUUUAAUAAAAUUAAAUAUGGUCAACAUGUUUAUUUUUCUAUGUACACAGUGGCACUGCACUGUAUGUAGGUUUAUGUAUAAUAGAAACUGAUGCUACAGAGCUUAUUAUUAAAUUUGGGUGCUUAACUGCACUGGUUUCUGA